GUGACUGCACACUUAGCUUGUGGUUUGGGCAGCAUUGCAUGCUGACUGCAGAGAGAGACAGACAAGAUUUCAGUUCACUAUAGAUGGCUGUGACUGGAGAUGAAACAGAAUCAGCCACUACUGGAGUUAUGUCUGUAUAUCAGAAUUCCUCUCCCGUAUCUGUCCUUUCCCAGGCGAUGGACGGCUCACCCGGUUCUCUGCCCAGCCCUCAGCAGCUGACCGAGGAAGCAUCACGAAAGAGGGAACUCCGACUUAUGAAAAACAGGGAAGCUGCCCGGGAAUGUCGACGGAAGAAAAAAGAAUAUGUCAGAUGUCUCGAGAACCGAGUUGCCGUGCUUGAAAAACAAAACAAGAUGCUUAUUGAAGAACUCAAGGCUCUUAAAGACCUAUACUGUCACUGAAUAACAACAGUCCACUGCAAACCAAAACACGAAAGACUAUACCGUUAACAGUUUUUUCACAUAAUGUCUAGCCACAUCGUGUAAUAAUCGGAAAAGGUGGAUGGUCUGUGACGUCCGAUGUGCAAAAGAUGGUGAUGUGUGCAUGUGUGUACGCCGGAGGCCUAAUUGCCAAAGAGCCAGUCAGUGUGGUGUGUUGCCAGUGUUACUUCUGCUUUUUGUAGGAGGGUGGCAAAAGAGGACAGACGCAUGGAGAAGGACUAUGUACGGAGCUCAGAGAUGGGCAUCGCCAUCACUGAAAACCAGAAGCAGAAAAUGACAGAUAAGCUAGUCUAAGGCUAAGGCAAAUGUGCACUGAAAAGUCUGAUUCAUUUUAGUGGCACAAUAGACUGCUGCCGUCUGUUUUUGAUAUAUGUGUGUUUUGUAUCUUCUGUGAAAAUUGAACAAUAGACCAGCACUGCCUUUGCUCAUUAGGCUUUUUUGAAGAUUUUAUAUGGACAAUUGGAUUAAAUAUUUCAAAUAUUUGCUGUCUGACUAUCUACUUUAAAUAUAUAUUUACUUUAAUAUCAAAGGAUUGCUUAUAUGAGUAAUUAACAAACACACCAGCUCCAAAAUUGAUAUGAACAUACUAAAUAUAGGAAAAACAGAUAUGUGUUGUAUAUACAGAUAUAUAUAUAUAAUAUGUUGUUUGUUGCAAAUAUAUUCUUGAAUCCUUCCUGGGGGGUUUUCAACUGGCACAUAGCACAGUUUCAUGUUUAUCUUUAGCUUCUGAAUGAAUAAAUUUAGCUAGCAAUACA